CUAGUAAGAGGUACCAGGUACUAACACUAGGACCUAGUAAGAGGUACUAGCUACUAACACAACGAUCUAGUAAGAGAUACCAGGUACUAACACUAGGAUCUAGGAGGAAGUACCAGAUACUAUACUAGGACCUAAAGGAAGUACCAGCCACUAAUAGUAGGACCUAAAGAAAGUACUAGGUGGUAAGAGUAAGACAUAAUAGGAAGUACUCUGUACCAAUACUAGGAGUUAGUAUAAAGUACCAGAUAGUAAUACUGGGAUUUUCCAGUGACUGGUAUGCACUAAUAGAUGUUAGUGAGGAGUACGAGGAGUACUGCAUAUCGCAAUAGGCUAGUAGUAAUCAGGAGGUCGUAGCGCAGUGUAGGAGCGGUUAGAAGUGUUUGGUAUGAACUAUCUAGUAUCACUAGGAUCUAGCAGAGACUGUAAAUGACUGCCAUGAUCAAUAUAUCUUCUUUCUCUUACUGCGAGAUGAUGAGGCCGUUAUAGAUAGAACAGUUUCACUCACGCCCACGUCGACACCUUUAUCCAUGCGUCCUGUAAGAAAAACUUUUGAGUGUAUCUGUAUUACAGGUAUAAAUUACAGCUUGUUUGGGCCAACAUCUGCCAGAGAAUUUGAAUCUUUUAUUACGGGAUAGAUAUUAGCAUAUAAUUUAAAGACCCAUUCUCCUGAAAUUGUAGUGUAUAUAUGGUUGAGAAUAAUACUUUUCGAGUAGAAUAUCAAUAUAGUUUAGUGUAGAAUGAAUAAUGAAUUCUAUAUCAGAUGAAACUCCAUCAAAAAUAGACUUAGGAGUAUGAUUUAUCAUUCAAAAGACGAGAAUAUAUUAUAGAACUACAGCAGACUUUAUGUUGUCGGGCGCUCUGAUGACUAGUUAACUACAAAAAUAUAAACUUCUAAAUGAUUGUUUUUGUCUGAUGGACGUUAUAGAGUUCUCUCUCCUGAUUAUUUUAGUGAAAAUCUUUUUUUGGAAUUUGACGACUAAAGAACGAGAUUAGAAUCAGAAUACAAGAGUUUUUCAACACCUUUCAUUGAUAUACUUCUAAAUUUUUCCAAUAGUUUAAUACCGGUAUUAUUAUUUAAUCAUUAAAUUUCAAAAUGUUUGUACCAUAACGGAGUGUUUGAUCACCUAAAACUUUCUAUAACACUAUAGCAUGCAUUCAUCGUUAGAAUAACGAGUCAAUACUUCUAAAUUUCGUUUCAGGUGAACUGUUAUCUAGUAUAAAACUUAUUGUUUAUGCUAUUUGAAAUAAUAGUGAUAUCUCAGUGGAUAAAAUAUAAACUCGAACACUGUAUAUAUAGUGAUGAAUAAAUUUAUUAAGACCGUAUACUCACUCAUUUUCUAGAAAGAUAAGGGAAUAAGGGUGAGUAUGCAGUUGAGAAUUAGGAUGUGCUGAUUUUAUUUCCUUUGUUCAAUCACUCUGAGCUAUUUUAUCAUUGUGAUGUUGAGAAGAUGUGUGCGCUGAAUUAAACUGAUACUGAUGAUAGUGAGUUUGCCCUUUUUGAACUGUAGAGAUCGCACUUAUUAGAGAAGUUUGCAUUUUUAUCUAGAAUUCAGAAUGAAUUAGAUAAGAUGGUUGAAUUUACUUCUAAUAACUUUUAUACUUCAGUAACACAAAAUCAAGAUAGUGAAAAUAAUAUCACAAAUGUUAAGUGUAUGAAUAUGUAAUAAUACAAUGAUGUGGAGUCUUUUCUAAUACGUUGAUAAACAAUUCAAUCAUGAAACUAAAACAAAGCUCAAGUCAAUUACUUAUGAUUUGACUUGAUUUCAAUCUUCUUGAAACAAUCGACUAGACUUAAUCCGAAAAAGUCACUAAUUUAACUUCAGUUUGCAGCAAGUGUGUCGACCUUGCUGAUUUGAUAAAUAUUAUUAAUCAUGUUUGCGUCCACUGAGAUUUAUGAACUAAAUAAGAUAGUUUUCUCGGUAUGAUUUUUUGCACUACAGUUUUAUUGUCCUUAUUAAACUUGGAAAGAAUAGACACAUUUGCAGCUGCUCAUAGUUCUUGUUGAUUGUCUAUAAGUUCGAUGAUUUUUAUUUUAUCAAGGUCUUUAAUAUGAAAGUUAUGAUAUUCAUUUGUUUGCUUUAUUUAUCUUUAGGGAUAUCGAUCGUUGUCGUUGAGGUAAUAUUUAUCGAACAUUCUAAUCUGUAAUUGUUAAUUACAAGUUAAUUUGAGUUGAACAACGCAACAUCAAUUAUCUAUUGGAAUCAAUAGUAUGUAUUUUAUAUAUUUUCUUUUCGUACAUAAAAGCAAGUUUAUCUGAUCUCUCCUUGGAAUGAAUUUUUUCCUCUAAAUAUCUUUGUGGAUCAUUUUUGACAAGUUUAUUUCUGCUCUGAAGUCAACUAAACAAAGAUCUAGAAAUAAGAUUUUUUCUUCGAGAUAAUGCAGUUGUUUUCCCCCUAAGAAGACGCCUGGUCACUAACUGAUUCUUGAAGAAAACUAUAUACUAUACUUAAACGAUUGAAAAUAGCUGCGAGUGUACCGAAGUUUACUGAUUGUACUAUUGUAUAUCUAAUAUUUUUUCACCAUAGAUCUUCGUUCCAGAUGCACGUGUAGGUAUUGUGAUUGUCUCUAGCCCACAAUCAGAUGCACACCCACACCUUUCUACUAUUUAUUUGAUCAUAUACGGAGAAACUAUCAAGUAUUAGUCCAAAAGUACUAGAAUCUGAAUCUGUCAACUACAAAAAAAAAAAAGCUUGUCUACUCUCUAUUGCUUGGAAUGUUAGAGUGAAAUCACAUGUUCUCUUUCAUGUAGAGGAGCCUGGUAAAAAUAAAUUAUUGUUUGCUUGCCUGUAUGCCCACACUUCACUGAUCGAUCCAAAAAUUAGGUAAAGAUGUAAAAGAAAAUUUAUAAGUGUUGACCGAAGGGUAAUCAGAGUCCAAGAAUUCAAAUCUGGCUUCUGUUUUAUUUAAAUAUAUAAAUCAAUGGCCUGGUAGUUUUUUAGUAACGCGAUUACUACGAGAAAGAGCUGAACGACUCUUUAGACGAGCGUCAUUUGUUAGUUUAGUAUGGAUACUAUUGUUAAAAUGUUGACACUAUAUUCGAUACUACCAUAUUGAAGUAUUAUUCAUAAAUAUCUAAACACAUUCAUAGCAUUAUUUUAUAAACAUGUUACUUAUUGGAGUUAGUAUUGAAGUGAACUUCAAUCCUACCUAAAUUGAAAUACUCUCCCACAUAGUUUUGACAAAAUUGCUGCUUUCCCUUAAACUAAUAGUUAAACUACUUAUAUGUUUUGUUCUAGUGCCAACCAACACAAAAUCUGCUUCUGAAUUACGUGAAAAAGUAGAGCUUUCUUUUCUAAAUCUCAAUUUAUUUCCCUCUCGUCCAACAACUAUCGAUGAAUAUCGACUUCGAAAUCAACGCAUUUCAACAAGAUUAUUUAUCUUUUUAUUGACUAUAUCAUUAUGUAUCCUUCUCUUAUAUACAUCACUGAUAAAUAUUACAGAAAUAGUUAAUGUCAAAACACCUUCUAUCAAAGAAUAUACAGAACUCUACAACUCAUAUAGUGAAACAUUAGCAUGUGAAUGUACACAAAUAUCAAUCAACUAUAAGAAAUUUAUUCAAAUUCAAUACACAUUACAUCAAAUAUGUCAUAGUGACUUUGUUACACAAGAAUGGUUUUAUUAUCUUGCCACCUCGCCCGGAAACGAUGGAAAAUUUUAUGAUACUUUUCGAGUGACGGGCACAUUUUUAUUUCAAGCCUUAUAUACACUUUGUGUUUUGGUUGAUGACACAAUAUCGAAUCGUUUAAUUCAAUUCUAUUCAAGUCAAUAUGUAAGUGCAUCUGUGACACCUGAAAAUGUAUUUAAACUACAAACUGAAGCAUUUAUUUCUCAAUUCGUAUCAUCAACUACCAGCUUUGCGGAAUUAUUUUCUUUGCCAGGUCUUUAUACUGGAUGUUAUAUAAUUGAAUCAUUACUUCAGUCUAGUCUUCAAUGUUUUUACGAUCAAGCCUGCAUAGAUAACAUAAUAUUAUACUUGGGAUCAUCUACAGUUAUAAAUGUGACAGCUCUGGAUAUAUCAUUGUCGAUCCAGUAUUUGGAAAACUCAACAAUUGCAGAUGUUCUUGAACAAUUAAUGGUUGAAGAUUGGAAUUCAUCAAGCAUCCAGUAUGUAAGCGCAUCUGUGAUACCUUCGAGUGUAUUUAAACCACAAACCGAAGCAUUUAUUUCUCAAUUUAUAUCAUCAACGAAUGAAAACUUUUUACUAUCGCUUUCCAUGAUACUAAACAUAACUCAAAGCAAUGGUUUACUCUCUGGAGAACUAAAUAAUUAUGACAUAUAUGCAUUAGACAACAACAUCUAUGCAUUAGGUGAUAUUUAUCUAGCUGCAAAACCACGCCAAUACGGUAAUUGUUCAUGUAUUUCUUCACCUAUGUGCAUUACUGAAUCUGUAAUUUACGAUCUGUCGAACAACACGCUGUUAUUUGAUGUUCCGGGUCUUUAUACAGGAUGUUAUAUAAUUGAAUCAUUACUUCAGUCUAGUCUUCAAUGUUUUUAUAAUCAAACCUGCAUCAAUAAAUUACAGUCAUAUUUUCAAGUAUCUUCACUUAUGAAUGUGACAGCUCUUGAUAUAUCAUUGCCGAGUCAGUUUUUGGAAAAUUCCACAAUUGCAGAUCUUCUUGAACAAUUAAUGGUUGAAAAAUGGAACUCGUCAAGCAUUUAUGAAAAUUAUUAUAGUGAAUGUCAACCAUCAAGCUGUAGUUAUACUGUUACGACGAAGAAUAGUGUAAUAUACAUUGUUACAACUCUGAUCGGAUUAGUUGGUGGUUUGAUUACAGUAUUGAAAUUUGUGGUACCAAAUUUAGUCAAGUUGGUUAGAAGAAAAAAGGAAUUCCAAAGAGCAGGCACAGAAACAGUUAAUAUCAAAGCACCUUCUAUCAAAGAUUACAAACAACUCUAUAAGUCAUAUGGCCAAACAUUAACAUGUGGGUGUACCCAAAUAUCAAUCAACUAUAGGAAAUUUAUUCAAAUCCCAUAUACACUACAUCAAAUAUGUCAUAGUGAUUUCGUUACACAAAAAUGGAUCGAUUAUCUUGACGCCUCGAGUGGAAACUAUAGCGAACAUACAGAUGACUUUCGAUCGUCAGGUACAUAUGUAUUUCAAACUAUAAACGCAUUCUGUACACUAGUGAAUCAAACAAUAUCGAAUCGUUUAAUUCAAUUCUAUUCAAGUCAAUAUGUAAGUGCAUCUGUGACACCUGAAAAUGUAUUUAAACUACAAACCGAAGCAUUUAUUUCUCAAUUCGUAUCAUCAACAACUAAUGACUUUUUGUUAUCACUUUCCAUGCUACGAAAUACAACUCAAAGCAAUGGUUUACUCUCUGGAGAACUAAGUAAUUACGUACUUUAUAGAGCGUCCGGUAUUGUAUAUCGAUAUCCACGGUCGUACGGUAGUUGUACGUGUUCUUCAUCAGCUACAUGCAUUACUCAAUUUGUAUUUUACGAUCUGUCGAACAACACGCUGUUAUUUGAUGUUCCGGGUCUUUAUACAGGAUGUUAUAUAAUUGAAUCAUUACUUCAGUCUAGUCUUCAAUGUUUUUAUAAUCAAACCUGCAUCAAUAAAUUACAGUCAUAUUUUCAAGUAUCUUCACUUAUGAAUGUGACAGCUCUUGAUAUAUCAUUGCCGAGUCAGUUUUUGGAAAAUUCCACAAUUACAGAUCUUCUUGAACAAUUAAUGGUUGAAAAAUGGAACUCGUCAAGCAUUUAUGAAAAUUAUUAUAGUGAAUGUCAACCAUCAAGCUGCAGUUAUACUAUUUCGACGAAGAAUAGUGUAAUAUACAUUGUUACAACUCUGAUCGGAUUAGUUGGUGGUUUGAUUACAGUAUUGAAACUGAUGGUACCAUAUUUGGUUGAGUUCAUUAUGGUUUGUAUUAAAAAGUGCAAAGGUAGACGUGCUACAAUAACACCACUGAUCCAAACAUAA